AGUUCUGCAAACGUCAAACAACAGCAAAAAGAAAGUGAAGCGGACUCGGCUCGCGGUGAAAAACAUUCUUGAGCAUUCUUGAUUUUGUUGAACUGUAGAAUUGCGCGUAAAAAUAUAGUAUAUAGUAUUUCGCGAAUCUGUAAUCUGGUGUAGAUACUUAAAGAUUAGAAACAUCAAGGAUAUAGCUUAAAAGUUAUUUACAGUGACCGAUAAAAAUGUUAUAUCAGCCAAAAAAUCAUCAUCAUUGUUGAUUGCAUCCGGCCUUUAAAAAUCUGUCCUCGAAGUGAUUGGGAUCUUUCUCUGGAUCGCCGGUUUCUUGGUCAAUAAAACUGAUGGAUAUGAAGAACAAAACCUGCUUGUUUUGUCUAAAGCAACGACAAAUCUUGGUAGAUAACCCCAGCACCGCCAAUGCCAUCAAGGAUAUCUACAGCAUAAAUCUUCCCAAGGAUAGAUGCCGCAUUUGCAUAGAGUGUCAUUUCAACAUUUUGCGGGUUCAAGAAUUCAAGCGCACAAUCGAGGCCGCGGCCGAUUUUGACGUGGAUAGCUGUUUCGUGUGUAAAUCUGAGAACACCGUCAACGAACCUGGUGUGGACCGAGUAGUCGACUAUCUCAUCAAACAGUGCACGACCAUCGAUUUUGGAAACACGGACACGAUCAAAGUUUGUGUCACUUGUAUGCAUGUGUUGGAAACUAGUAUAAAGUACGAAAAGCUGGCUGGAAACUAUGCCAGUGCAAAGCGAUUCUGCAAACAGUAUUCUACCCUGAAGGAAUGUAACGUGGCCCUGCGGAAGAUCGAUUUGAACGCUUUAGGAGAAAUCUGCGAAGGUUUUGACGAUGGUGCUGGAAAACGUUCACCGCAAAAGAAGAGCCGCAAACGGGGUCGCAGCUCCGAGGGAGGAGAGGACGUUCCAUCGAAAAAAUCUAAGCAAGAGGAUGGGUCAGUGCUUCCAGUCAUGUUGACCAAAUUGACUCCAACUGGUGGGAAAAAAUCUUCUCCACCAAAUUUUUCGAAGGGAAAAUCACCAUUGAAGCAGAGUGAUAAGAUUUUCAUCAAACUACCCCUAUUUUCAAAGCUGAAGAAAAAGCUUCAUCAACGCAAGAAGUAUGGUCCACCGCAUUCGCCCAGCCGAUCAAUACCUGCUUCGCCGUCCGUCGAUGACCUCAAUCGUAUUUUCAGCGUGGAACUUCGUCCAUUGACGGUUCAAAUAGAGCACAUAGACUUGUCCACCUAUUUGAAUAAAACAAUAUCUCAUGAUACAGCGAACCGACAACUGCGAAAGCCCAGGAAUGAAGAAUUCAUCGGCCUCGAUGAAGAGGAUGUGGUAGAGCUUCAAAAUACCAGUAUGAAUAGUUCCAUUAGCAAAAGGAAAAGUAUAUUAAUUACCGAGCGAACCGAAAGUCCCAAUUCUGCAAAAAAGAAAGUAAAAUUUUCGGAUUCGCCCAGCAUUAAAUAUGUAGAUAAGUUGGACUUUUCAGAGGAAGAGAAUGGUACAAAAGUUACAGAUGACGGCGAUGAAGAUUAUGAGGCAAAAAAGAGUAAAAAGAAAACGCCGAAACCACCAAAUGGAACGUCACCCGGUACGCCAGAAAAUGGAAAACCGCGUGCUCGGGGCAGACCGAAAAAGGUGACGAAAGAUGAAAAUGGUGAAGAUGAUCAAGAAGAUUUAGAGAGUUCUAAGACGAAAACGGUUCCGGAGGACGCCGGCACUUCUAAGGAGAAGGAUGAAGAUGUUUCAAAGGUAGCUGAGGAAGGGGAAACAUCAGAUGGUGUGACAAUACGCGACCAUGAAAAAGAUAAAGAUGAAAAAGAAACCGAACAAACAUCGGUUGAUGAAAACAAAGAACCCACUGAGGACAAGGUUAUUGAGGAGAUUAAGUCGAAUGAACUUCCCGUGGAAAACGGAGAUGCUGAGGAGCAAAAGACUGAAUCGCCAGUGCAACCACCACUCGUUGAUGAAAACCAAUCUUCUCCUGAAGCAUCGAAUGCUGCUCCAAUGGAGGCUGAAGAGGUAGAUAUUGCUGAGCCGAUGAAAGUCGAUCAAAAUGAGGAUCCACCUACGGAUGCUGAGAUGAAACCGAUUGAUUCUCCAGAAGAUGUGGAAAUGACAGAAUCAAAAUCUCCACCAACGGAAGAUGUUGAAAUGAAAGAGAUGGACAGUACGGCUACUAAUCUGGCAGAUGAUGAUACGGAAGCCACCCCAAGCCAUGAACCUCCCGUAGAAAGCGUUGAGAAGGACAAUUCUGCCCCGGUACCAGAAGAAACCACCAACUUGAAUCAGGAACAACAAAGUACUGGUGAUUUCGAAACAUCCGACAAGGAGGAAGAAGAAAUGGAAAAAUUCAAAUUGACUCUCUGUAGCUUGUUAGGUGAGGAAAUUUCCGAUUCCGAUCAAGAUGCGAGUCAACAAAGUCACGGGGAUAAAAUGUUGUUGCAGUCAGUUGCAGACAAACAGCAUGAUGAACCAGAACCGACCGAAGACUCUAAAUCUACUGAAAAAGAGGAGCAUCAACCCAAUUCACUCAAUCCAGAAGCGCAAACAACACCAUCGGUUGAAUCGGAGAAAAAAGUGCCAGACACCGAAUCUCUCAGCAAGAAGAACCAGUCUUUCUCCUCGCUGGACGACGUAGAUGACAUUUCCGACGACGAUGAUAUCCUCGAUCAGCUCGAUGAACCAACCGGUUUACGAAAAAGAUCACCAGAUCUGCCUCCCUUGGGAGAAGAUAGUCUUUAGGAAUAGGUGUACCCAAGAGUACACUGAGAUUUACAUUUCAUUUCUUCCCCUUUGAGUUUUAUGUUAUCUAUGACGGUUCGGAGCAAAGUUCGAAUGCGAUAUUACGCUCUCAGCGAAACACAAUUUGUACACUUACAUUCAACAUAUUUAAAUUCAGAUAUAAAAGACGCAGAUUUACCGAAACAGUAGACACAAAAUUUUACAUUUUAAAUCAAAUAACAAAAAUUUAGUGCUGGCAAAAUUUCAUGUAAAGUGUAAAUGUUCUUAAUACAUCAGAUGCAUUGUAGAAGAACACAAAUG